CGAGCGCUCGCGCGCACGCAGCAACGCAGAGAUACAUACACAGAGAUACACACACAGAGAUACAUACACACAGAGAUACAUACACAGAGAUACAUACACACAGAGAUGCAUACAUAGAGAUACAUACACACAGAGAUACACACACAGAGAUACAUACACACAGAGAUACAUACACAGAGAUACAUACACAGAGAUACAUACACAGAGAGAUACAUACACAGAGAUACAUACACAGAGAUAUAUAUACAGAGAUACAUACACAGAGAUACAUACACAGACAUACACACACAGAGAUACAUACACAGAGAUACACACACAGAGAUACACACACAGAGAUACAUACACAUAGAUACACACACAGAGAUACACACACACAUCGAGAUGCACACAUAGAGAUACACACACAGAUACAUACGCACACAUCGAGAUACAUACACACAUCGAGAUACAUACACACAUAGAGAUACACACACAGAGAUACAUACACAUACAUCGAGAUACACACACAGAGAUACACACACAGAGAUACAUACACAGAGAUACAUACACACAGAGAUACAUACACAGAGAUACAUACACACAGAGAUGCAUACAUAGAGAUACAUACACACAGAGAUACACACACAGAGAUACAUACACAGAGAUACAUACACAGAGAUACAUACACAGAGAUACAUACACAGAGAGAUACAUACACAGAGAUACAUACACAGAGAUAUAUACACAGAGAUACAUACACAGAGAUACAUACACAGAAAUACACACACAGAGAUACAUACACAGAGAUACACACACAGAGAUACACACACAGAGAUACAUACACAUAGAUACACACACAGAGAUACACACACACAUCGAGAUGCACACAGAGAUACACACACAGAUACAUACGCACACAUCGAGAUACAUACACACAUCGAGAUACAUACACACAUAGAGAUACACACACAGAGAUACAUACACAUACAUCGAGAUACACACACAGAGAUACACACACAGAGAUACAUACACAGAGAUACAUACACAGAGAUACAUACACAGAGAUACAUACACAGAGAUACACACACAGAGAUACAUACACAGAGAUACACACAGAGAUACAUACACAGAGAUACAUACACAGAGAUGCAUACACAGAGAUACACACACAGAGAUACAUACACAGAGAUACAUACACAGAGAUACACACACAGAGAUACAUACACAGAGAUACAUACACAAAGAUACUCACACACAUCGAGAUACACACACACAUAGAGAUACACAUAGAGAUACACACACAAAGAUACACACAUCGAGAUACAUACAUAGAGAUACACACACAGAUACAUGCGCACACAGAGAUACACACACACAUCGAGAUACACACAUAGAGAUACACACACAGAUACGCACACAGAUACACACACACAUCGAGAUACACACACAUAGAGAUACAUACGCAGAGAUACGUACAUACAGUGAGAUACAGACACUGAUGUACACCCACAGGGAUACAUACACAGCGAUUCAUACCGUGAGAUGCAUAUACGGAGAUACGUACACAGAGGUACAUACACCGAGGUGCAGAGAGAUACAUACACAGAUAUAAUCUCACUGAGAUACACAAUUAGAUACAUACACAUUGACACAUAAUCACGGACACACAGCGACACAUAUACGUACACAAAGACAUACAGAUACAUGUAAACACAGAUACACACAGAGAUACAUACACGGAUAUACACAGAUACAUACACAAAUAUGCAUACACAGAUUCAUAGCUACAUACACACGCUGCCACACACAGAUACACAGAGACACGCACUGAUACAUACACACACACACACAGAGAUACACACACACACAUAGACACAUACAGUGACACAUACACACAGCCACACACACACAUACAGUGACACAUACACACAGCCACACACACACACACACAUAGACACAUACAGUGACACAUACACACAGCCACACACAGAUACACAGAGACACGCAGAGCUGCACACAUAUAAAGAUGUACACAUGUACACACACUGAGAUACACACACACACAGCUAGAGAGCUACCUACAUAGACACAUACACAAAGACACGCACUGACACACACACACACACAUAGACACAUACAGUGACACAUACACACAGCCACACACACACACACAUAGACACAUACAGUGACACAUACACACAGGCACACACAGAUACACACAUAGACACAUACAGUGACACAUACACACAGCCACACACAGAUACACAGAUACACGCAAAGCUGCAUACACUUAGAGACGCAUAUAAAGAUGUACACAUGUACACACUGAGAUACACACACACACAGCUAGAGAGCUACCUACAUAGACACAUACACAAAGACACGCACUGACACACACACACACACACCGACAUACACCAGCAUAUACAGGAUAGUACUUACACAGGCACGCAUCAUAUGCAUCGAGACACAUGCACAAUACACCCAUGCAUGCGCACGUCAUAUACACGUAGAGUCAAGUGUACGUGCAACCGCAUAGAACAGAUCACGCGUACACGCACGCACAGUACAUGCACAUAACAGCACACGGCAUGUGUGCUCAGGGGCGCAGCGUGCAAGCGCGCUACAGACCGCACGGGCACACCGCGUGCGUAAUGCACACGCGGUGUUUCGCGUGUAGCGUGCGGUACGCGCACAGACACGCGUUGGAAUCGGCGCAUCUAGUUAACAUUGACACUCAAGUCAGUAGGUGAGCAUUGCAUGGGCUCUGGAUUAAACACGAACGGUGGGUUUGUGGGUAAUCACACACAGACCGUACACACACAAACACACCGUAGGUGAAUACAUGCAACAGAUAUUAGCAAUUGAAUUACCUGUACGCGUACGCUGCGUGCGCUUGCGUGUGCUGCGUGUGCGUGUGUGUGCGCGCAUGCUACGGAGUGGAAACGCAGAGUUGACUGGAACAAAGGAGGCGUAGAUGGUAACGGAUCAUCAUCAUCAUCAUCAAAGGCACACACACAGACACAGACGCGUCUAUUAAUGUAGACACCAAGAGAGAGAGAGAGACACACACGGAGUGAAGACAAACGCGUAAUAUUCGCAGCAGCACGCGUUAACGUAAACAAUGCGAUUGACAAAUAUUGACACGCACGCGCGCUACAGAAAGACACAGACGAGAAGGGAAAUAUUCGCGCACGUUACAGGGACGCUCCAGUAAGGUAGAGGGACACAGGCACGAGUAGGAACACUCGCAAAGACAAAUGGGGCAUGCAUCAUUCAGACAAUAGCAGAUACAAAGGGGUGGGGGAGAGGGGGGGAGACAGAGCGAGAGAUUGGUCAGAUACGCGCAGGACGAAGGGACAAUAAUACUUCAGCCAACAGACGCAUCAGCAGACACACACACACAGACACACACACACAGAUACACAGACACACGGGACACAUAGGUAGACUUGAAGACAUUACCAGACACACACACACGUGGACACACAUACACAGACACACGUGGACACACACGGACGUGGACACAAAAGCGCACACGUGGACAGACACACACGUGGACACACACACACGUGGACAGACACGCGCACGUGGAUACCCACACGCGCACGUUGACACACGCGCACAAACACACACGUGGACACAAACACACGCGCGCACGUGGACACACACACACGUGGACACACACACACGUGGACACACACGUGGACACACACACACACGUGAACACACACACACGUGUACACACACACACACGUGAACACACACACACACACGUGUACACACACACACGUGUACACACACACACACGUGUACACACACACACGUGUACACACACACACACACGCGUGUACACACACACGCACACACACGUGAACACACACACACACGCGUGUACACACACACGCACACAACAUGCGCGCACACUGCCUGCGGCCCGACACGAGACGAGGCAUUCCCGUGGCGUCCCCCUCCAAGUGACGGCUCCAAGUCGCCUCCACGCUGGCGGGCGCGCACGCCACCACGCAGAGGGCCGCUCUGCUCGUCUCGGAGCGUGAGUCGGGGAUGUCCGCCAGGGUCGUGGGCGAAUGGCUCAGGACUUUGAGCCUGGACGCCUACACGGACGCCUUCCUCGAGAACGGCUACGACGAUCUCGAGAUCUGUCGGCAGGUGGGCGAGGCGGACCUGGACGCGAUCGGAGUGUCCGAACCGGCGCAUCGCUCCAAGAUCAUCGCCGCCGUGUCUCGCCUGGCCGAGAGGACAGCGGGAGCGGCGCUCUACUUCGAUCUGGAGGAGGAAUUGAAGCCGGAGAGGGCGGCUCUCCUAACUCUCCACCACCACCAGCAUCAGCAGCAUCAUCAGCAGCUUCUACACCACCACCACAGCCAUAACAACCACUACCACCACCACCACCACCUUCAAAAUCAUCACCAGCAGCUGCACUAUGUGCACCACCACCACCACCAGCAGCAUCAGCAGCAUCAGCAGCAGCAGCAGCAUCAGCAUCUCAAUGUCCACUCAAGCCAGGGCGCGAGAUCAUCUUACUCGAAGCUGCGUCUCAAGGUGCUGCUGAGAGAGAAGCUCCUACGGGACGGCAUCACACUCGGAGCGCCGCCCUACUCCAGCGCGGGCGACCCCCGCGGGUGUCUGGAUGAGCUCGCGAGGAGCUACGCGGACUACUUCCACGUCCACUCCGCAGACGUCGCCCAGCGACUGGAGGAGCUGCGAGCUCGGAGCCUCGCUCGCGACUCGGAGCUCGAGGUGACAGCCGCCCCAAAGGUCACCCCAAAGGUCAACCCAAAGGUCAACCCAAAGGUCACCAGUAGAUCACCCUAA